UCGAUGACGGUAGAUCAGUCGGCUGUGUCGUGUGCGGACGUAUUAUACUUUUCCUCCGUUCUCGUUUUGCCGAUAUGCUGCUCCGGCCUAGCGGUUAGCCACCGAUAAUCCUGCCACGCCCCCCGCCGUAGUUGCACGUCGUCGUUUUGGCUGUACACAACAAAUCCAUUUUCUGAGGCAACGACCAAAUGGCUAACAAGUCACUGAAUCGUCUUCUAUGGAACUUCUUUGUACAAGAUUCACCGUUGAAGAAGAGACGAGAGUUGUACCAAGGAGUACUCUACAACGUAAUCAAACGGUUUCAGUCAAGGCUACCAGAAUCAGGCAAGGAGUUAGAAGUGUCACACGAGGCCAACAAAACGCCAAACUCGUCUGAGUUAGACAGUGACAGCUCCGGUGACGAAGACACAAGCGAUGGAAAGUGGAAGCUAGACUUAGCUUGGCUCAACAAAGCACUUGAGCCAGCUACUCAACUCCGUAGAUGGGCUCUUCCAACAGGAGAGAAAUCACAACCUGGUAGUAGAUCUCUGUCUGAGAUCAUUGCUAGUAUUCAGAAGAGUAAGCUAGGGAUAGAAGGAUGGACUCUCGGUGAUCUCACAAUCGGUCUCUACCUUAUCUACCUUAGACAAGCAUCCUUGUCUCCCUUUGAGGACGUCAAGGGCGUUCAAGUCCUUUCAGAAUCUACAGUUUCUGAUCUCAUAUACAACGCAGAGUUAGCCAAAGGCUGUUACAGGGACAGUGUGAGUGGUCUCGCUAAGAACACGAUGCUCCGAGAAAACAACAUUCUUAAAUUUGUGAAAGAUUCGAGCGUUAUGAGACCCGGUUACUACGUUGGAGUUGAUCAUCGGAGGAAGCUUGUGGUCUUCGGAAUACGCGGGACGCAUACUAUCUAUGAUCUCAUCACUGACAUCGUCUCUUCGAGUGAUGAUGAGGUCACGUUCGAAGGAUACUCGACGCACUUUGGAACCGCUGAAGCUGCGAGGUGGUUUCUUAAUCACGAGUUGCAGACUAUAAGAAGGUGCUUAGAGAGAUACGAGGGAUACAAGUUAAGGCUUGUUGGUCAUUCUCUGGGAGGUGCUAUAGCUUCUUUGAUGGCGAUUAUGCUGAGGAAAAUGCCGAGGGAGGAGCUGGGAUUCGACGCUGAGAUCAUUUCAGCCGUUGGAUAUGCGACACCUCCUUGUGUUUCCAGAGAGCUUGCAGAGAACUGCUCUGAGUUUGUGACAACUAUUGUAAUGCAGGAUGAUAUUAUACCUAGACUGAGUACAGCUUCUCUAGCGAGAUUGAGAGAUGAAAUCCUUCAGACCGAUUGGACAAGUGUGAUCGAGAAGGAAGAGUGGAAGAGCGUAUUAGAUUUGGUAACAAACGCGAAACAAGUCGUAUCCUCUGUGCAAGACGCAGCUCGUAAAGUUUCCGAGUAUGCAAAAUUUGGAAACAAGAACGACUUUCCUGAACUCCCUUCAUCAUCCAAGAACAAUCAGUCUGAUUCUCUGAGUGCUGAAACUACAACCAAAGAUGUCGUUAAGUUGCCAGAAGAGUUGUACGUACCGGGAGCGGUUUACUAUCUGAUGAGGAACGUGAGAGGAAACACGAAAAGCUCAGCAGGGAAGAAAGUGGAAUACUUUAGUCUAUGGAAGAGAGAUCCAGGACAACAUUUUCAGAGGAUACUUCUCUCGGGUAAUUUCAUUACAGACCAUAAAUGUGAUAGUCACUACUACGCUCUGCGAGAUGUGCUCAAAGGGUUUCCUGGUUUCAUCGACGAAAGCAUCUUUAACAAGAGAUCUAAGUGAUCUCAGAGAUGAUUAGAACAAUGUUUAGUUUUGUCUGCGAACAUUUCUUUAUUAUUUUUAGUCUUGGUUCGAAAAAGCGAGCGAUUCUGUCGCCAUGGCGCUAAGCGCCUUAAAGCGAGCACCUCCUCGCAUAGGGACCCCAUUGCCAGGCGAGGUACGUGAAGCACUCGCUUUCUCUCGCUUUUCCUCGUUUUUGCUAUUUUGCGAAAGCUUUAAAAACGCCGCUUUGUUGUACCUAUACAAAAAAAAAAAUUUGAUUCAAAAUUGUAAACUUAACAAAACGGUUGAAGAAUAUUUAGUGUAUCAAAAGUAUAUGCUCUGAUCACGUAUUAGGCGUGUAGAGGAGGCUUCCACAAUCCCACUAACCUAGGAUACAAUCCAACUAACCCUAUUUCUUCUCUUAUACAAAUAACUCUACAAACUCUUAAGUUAAAAUC